CUUGCUUGCAAGAGCUAUGAAGUAUCUAAAGUUAUCAUUUGUCGACUUGUUUCCUGCGCACAUCUUGUACUCAUGUAGUUGGAAGUAAACGCGUCGGCGACUACGGUUAGCCUGUUCUACUUCUGCUAGAAGUACAGAUAGUUACACGCAAAUCAUUACAGUUGGGCGCUGGUAGUCCACCGAGCCUCGUCAUUGAUAGAACAUAGAUGCCAACGGACAUCCUGGGAAAUUUGCGGUUCGCUUCAUACAAAGCCAACUUUCACGAUGGAUAAGGUACACCUUUCUACCCGUGUUGACGCAUGUGGGCGAGGCUUUGUAAGCCUUUCACAAGCGUUGACAGAAUCUGAAAGAUAUGGAGAUCAAGUACGACCGCAAGCAAUUCAAGACGAGUUUGAUCGCUUCAAAAUUUGGGCCGGAAAUAUCGCUGCACACCGAAAAGGACGUCGAUCUCUUGAAUAUCGACUUCGAGAUGCUGCACACUUGAAGGCAGAAACGGAGAACCUUCUAAUAGCCCUACAAGAGUCGCUAUCGGAUGCGUUAGCGAUUGUGAAGGGCGAAAGAGUUCCGUGGGAUGAACUGGACGACUCAGACACUGAUUCAGAGUCGGAUAUUGAUUCUGAUGACGGCGCAGAUCUUAAAAGUGACACAGAGCUGCAACAGUUAAAUGCGAGUGUCAAGAACACCGUGACCUGUCUAUUUCGACUUUCAAUGUCCAUCCGAGACCCAGCACCAAAUAGUCAAUACCGCAGCACUAUCAUUGUUGAUAAAUCCUAUUUCGAGGCUCAUGACAUUCAACACGUUAGGGCAAAAUUUGAGGUUGAAGACAACUACCUCUCUGAGCGACUAGGCAAGGCGAUAUCUGGACGUCGCCAAUAUCUCUCAUAUCGCGAGGAGCAUCAUAACAAACUUGCCAAGAAAGUAGAAACGAUUGGAUUUGAGGAGCCUCGAACAGAACACACAACAAACAGUACAGAAGCAUCUCCUUUGCCUAAGAUAGCUGUCGAAGAUUCGAGUACCAUUGUUGAUAAUGACGAUGCGCUUUCUCAAACAUCGUACGCAUCUUCGGUCAACUCUACGAUCAGAAUCCCACCACUUCCUAAGAUAGCCCGUGAAGAGGAAUAUUUCGAAUGUCCUCUCUGUUUCAUGAUUGUCUCAAUUCAUACGACCGCCGCCUGGAAGCAACACGUCUACCGAGAUCUUCAUCCUUACUGCUGCACAUUCGAGCACUGCACAACCGCAGAUCGACUCUACGACUCCCGUCAUGCCUGGUUUCAGCACGAACUAGAGGCUCACAGAACUGCGUGGCAAUGCGUGGAAGGCUGUGAAAAGCUCUUCAACAACGAGCCCGAUUUUGAUUCCCACGUCAAGGACACUCAUCCAGAGAUAUCUGGAGACCAGAUGAUGUUUGCCCUAAAACGGACAGCAACACGCAGCGCCAAAUUGGCAGAUAUCACGAUAUGUUCAUUGUGUGGUAAGGAAAUGACAUUACGGGCUUUGCAAAAGCAUCUGGGCCACCAUCAGGAACAAUUGGCGCUGUUUGCGCUUCCUCCAAAUCUGGAAGCCACCGAGGAUGAGCCGCUCGACGAUUUUAAAGAUAAUCCAAUAACAAAGGGAUGGGAAGACGACGGUAGCUCCGACGGUAGUGACGAUGGAGACGAUAGUAGAAGAGUUGAGGAAUUCGUCGAGCAAUUUCGUCGGCUCUUUUGGAAUGUAACUGUCGGGUCUGGUGACCCCUCGAUCGAAAUCGGCUCCGACCAGAAAACGCGCUGGCUUGGCGAGUGCCAGGCCCUGUUGAAAGAACUAAGUUCUAUUAACACGAAUGGAAAUGCUGAGAUGGAAAGGCGAAAAGAUUCUGCAAUUCAUGAAGUAGCCUCGUUCGCCGAGUCCCUUGGACUGAACAGUAUCUCCAGCGCGGCAGGUCAGCCUGAUGAUCACCCAAAUGAUCAGCUUGACCGAUCAAAUUCGAUUGAAUUCCAGCAACCUUCAAGGACAAUAGUACAGGAUCCACGAUUCGAAGUUCCAAAACCGACUGUUGAUGGGGCCGACUACGGGCCAGUUACAGAGCCAGCUGAUUCGAAUGACAACAUGCAAAGGAAAGGAAAAGAGAGAGAGAUGCCUCAGGAUACAGAUCAGACACAUCAAGACCCCAUAGACCCCUUAUGGGAUGAAAUGAUGAGAGGCUUGUUGGGCUCCUCUAGUGACGAAUCCAUUGAGGGCGCACCGCUAAGCUCGCCGGAAGAAAUAAGGGAGAGACUACCUGAAACAUUGAAACCCAUCGAAGGUCUGAAUCCAGGUGAAGACAAACAAGUUACUUUCAACGCAAAUCCCGUGGAUUCUGGCGGUGAUCCAUACGCCUCAUUAGAUCUGGCUGAAGAUAUGCGCAACUCCGCUUCUGUCAAUAGAGAUGAAGACUCUUACACCGAUCCAGCAAUUAGGUAUCGCGAUAGUCAAUCGCGCCGUGAAGACCUCGAGCGAGAAUCCCAAUCAAACAGGCAGCCUGUGAGAGAGACUGUCCCUCGCAGAGAACCCAUCGUCGGCUCGUCUCAACCUACUGAUCUCGACGACGAGGGAUAUUCUUACACUGAUAUAGCGGCCAUGUAUCGUGACACAGAACCCGCAUGGCGCCGACCGCGCGUUGGAAGCACCGAACGAGGAACCCGGCCUAGCAGUCUUCUUGUGGACAACCAGUCUCCUAGACGUUCUGUGAGGGAUCCAGGCCCGCCACCGUCCACUCGGGGUUUUGAUAAAAUAAAUCGCUAUGGUCAACAGGGCCGUACGUCUGGGUCUAUAUCUAGGCAGGGACGUGGUGCAGGGCAAGACAAUGAGCCGAAUCUCGACAGGGCAGCUGACAUGAGUCAAAACACCGGUUCAGCGGUGGACGACACGGAAUUCGAACCCACGCCCACCACCACAAUAGAGCCCUCAUCGCAGGUGGCCCAGGGUGUCCAGGGUGAUGAAAAUCGAAAACCUGCUCUCCACAGGUGCCAAUCAUGUGGCAUGGAGUUUUUGUUGGCUGACAAUCUGUCAACGCACUACCGAAUCUUUGGACAGAAACACGACAUGGCGAGUGUCAUGGAAAGUCCGUACUAUCUACCACAUCACAAGUCGCCAGUUCUUGAAGAUCAAGAAACCCUAGAAAAACAGGAUAGUUCAUCCAACAAUAGAGUAUGGCCCGGAAUGCAUCAACAGGCAGCGGCCCAGGCAGCAGCACAGAAUCAACGGAGAAUUCUGAGUGGAGAUUUCCAGGGCAUAUCUGAACCAUCACAAACCGAUCCAAACAACCACGAUCUGCUAUUUGAUAACGUCCACGAUGGCGUUAACAAAAAUAUAUCGCUAUAUGAGACAUCAGGAAAACAGAGUCGGAUCGAUGAUACGGUUGGAACGGUAUCUGCGAACGAUCGGAGCACUCCGGUACCACCAACAGAAGUACCUACCUCUUCUAUAAGUGAUAAUCCUCCAAAGGAAGGGUCAAGGAAUUCAGGUUCAAAGUACACGGUUGAUCAUGAAUUGGCUGCCAGGCAUGCGAACGAAUCUGUGUUCGGAUCUGACGAACGCACCUCGUUCACCUUUCGGCCAGAAAACAACAUGGAGGAAAUAUAUAAGGAACAAGAGCGGGCCGCCAGUUCAUCGAACCCCGCAAAGCAAUCUGUUCGUGCAGGUAAAGAGCCAAAAGGUAUACUACGAAAGCCUCGCAGCGCAUUCCCAGAGGACACUGAACCCCUUCGAGAGGGUGUGGCCCCUCGCGUAGAUGCUCUUGAAGGAAAAGAUAUUCCUGUUGGAGCACGGUGGACUAAGAUUGAUCGUCGUUUAGUAAACCCUCAAGCGCUCGAGGAAGCCCAUGAGCGCUUUGAGGAGAGGGCGGACUGCGUGAUCGUCCUGAGAGUGCUGGACAAAUCAGAGAUCCAGAAGCUAGCUGACAGAACAAAGGAGAUUCGAGCAGAGAGACUAAAUCCAGAAGACAGAGACACUCGAAGAGCGAAAGAGGCUCAGGCAGCUAUUGCGGCAGAGAGAGCGAGUCGUGAAGAGAGAGCUUAUCGUCCAGAGCGAAAUCGUCGUAACAGAAGUCAAGAAACGCUGGAGUUGGAUAGGAGAGACCGGGUCCGGGGAGUGCAUCGCCUUUCGAAUGUGAACUUACCCUCGCUCGUGGACGGAUCACCGUCCCCUCAACCUCUGCUGGCCCAACGUCGAGAAAGUCUUGGCCCUGAAGGCGAUAGAAUUCGUAUUUCUCGCCCCAAUCUAGGCAGCACGUACAGAACUCCCCAAGUUGUCAUCGAAACUUCAACAAGUCGAGGCAGCAACAGAAGAACAACAUCCUACGACGUUCGCUCAAGAACCGACGGGAAUAUUCGGCCGAGGGGAACGGAUAGGGCAGGUAGUUCUUCGUCAACGCCCACGAUAGUCAUCAAUACGGGAUCAUCUCGACAGUCUCGUACGGAGCGAGAGAUUAUCGUGGAAGAAAGAGGUUCGCGGACACGGACAUACCAUGUUGACCGCUCAACUCCCACCCGCGACUAUUUCCCCUCACCUCAAAGACGGACAUCUGAUGAGCUGGUGAUGAGGCAAACUGGUUCGAAGAGAGAUGCACUAGAGCGUUCCAUAUCUAGUAGAGAGCGUAUUCCAACAUCGUUCGAUUCGAAAGGCGAAGUCGAAAAGGAAAUUAAGAAACCGGGACGCAGGGAGCGCCUCAUAGCAUCGCUCCGUCGAACUCGAAAAGAGGAUAGAUAACAACGAGGGAUGAGUGAUCAUGUUGUAUCGCAAGGUGGAAUCUAGAGGGACAUGCUGGCAAUCUUCUGUCUAGCGGACUAGAAAUGAAUUGAAUUGAUAUUAGAGUACUAAUCAAUCACCCCCUCG